CCGGGUCAGGAUGCCGAUCCCUCCUCCCCCGCCGCCGCCGCCUGGCCCCCCGCCGCCUCCCACCUUCAGUCAGGCGAACACAGAGCCGCCGAAACUGAGCCGAGAGGAGCAGCGGGGCCGUGGGGCCCUCCUGCAGGACAUCUGUAAAGGGACCAAGCUAAAGAAAGUGACACAAAUCAAUGACCGGAGUGCACCGAUCUUAGAGAAGCCCAAGGGCAGCAGUGGCGGCAGCUACAGCUCUAGCUCAGCUGUGAUCCAGCCGAAGGGUGGCCUCUUCCAAGGCGGUGUGCCCAAGCUCAGACCCGUGGGAGCGAAGGACAGCUCAG